UGAGGACGCUUUGAGGAUCAUGGGCUUGCUGGACGUCUUCUACUCCAUCAAAGAGCGAGCUGAUAAAUUCCUGGGUGAGAAGAACGUGGUGACGGACUUUCUGGGGAAGGUGGAGGAGAAGACAGGGAUCAAGAAGAAGGUCCUUGCUGGCGGUGCCGUCUCACUGACAGGACUCUACCUGGUGUACGGAUAUGGUGCCUCACUCCUCUGCAAUCUGAUUGGCUUCGUCUAUCCAGCCUAUUAUUCAAUCAAAGCCAUCGAAAGUCCGUGCAAAGAAGAUGACACAAAAUGGCUGACUUACUGGGUGGUGUAUGGCGUCUUCAGCCUGGGCGAGUUCUUCUCUGAUAUUUUCCUCUACUGGUUUCCGUUUUACUAUGCGUUCAAGUGUCUGUUCCUGUUGUGGUGCAUGGCCCCGAUGUCAUGGAACGGCUCCCAAAUCCUUUACAACAAAGUGGUUCGGCCUGUCUUCCUCCGCCACGAGGCCACAGUGGACAACAUGGUUAGCAACCUUGGUGGGAAGGCCAUGAGUGCUGCAGAGAACCUCACCAGAGAAGUUCUGACCACUCUGGUGAAGAAUAAAACCCUGAUGACAACGGUAGCACCAGCAGCUCAAUCCGAACCAAAGAGCUUACCAAGUUCAUCAGCACAAACCUCAACAGCUAAAGUUGCUCCAUCACAGCCGAGCGAAGAAGAAAAACCAGCCGUCAGAUAGCAGCAGAGGAAGAAGAGGAGCCUCUGUGAAGAAGAGGAGAGUGAAGAUGUUCCUCUUCAUCAUGACAGAUCCCAACAGAAAAUCCUGCUCCAGUGAAAGACUGAUUUCAUUUAUCUGUCAUGUGUUGUAUUGCUGUAGUGCAGAAACUGACAACAGUCUCUUGUUUUCUCUGUAUUUAUAUUUAUGAUCUGGGGAUCACUGUGUUUUUUUAAGCUCCUGAAUCUUGAUUUUAAUGAACUCAGACAGACUUUGCACCUCCGUGGGCUACAUCACCACUUCUUCUUAAUGUUAAACCAAAUCCUGUAACUGCAGUUUUAAAACAUGCACUAACUUCAGAUCGCUCAGAUUAAAACUGAACUGAGUUCAAGGCCACCAUAAAACAAUUAAUGCUGAUUUCUUCUGUUCUUUUCUUUAAUCAAUGUUUUAGUCACACUGGAAUUCAUUAUUAAUUUGUUUGGUUUUCAGAUUUGCUCUCUCAUGCCUACCAGGUACAGUUUGGUUUGCUAGACCAGCCUGCUUGUUUGAGAGGGGGAUGAGUGCCUAAACCUAACCAAACUGCAACUGAAAACUCAAAUACCAAUAAGCUAAAAGAAAAAAAGCAUAUUAAUGAUCAUCAGACAAAGACAAUGUGUAGUGUUUUCCACUCAGGAAUCAAUCAGUGAACAGCUUUGCAUCUAUUCUUUUCCAUUGCCAUUAUCUUCUUCAUCAUUAAGCAGCUUCCUUGGUUCACUACUUCCUCAUCUGAAUAAAAAAUUCAUCUAUCCAUUACGACAAAUCUGUUAACUGGCUUUUUUUCCUAAAACAACAUUUAGCUCGUCACAUCCUGUCAAGACAAAACCUUUGGCAGAUGCUUCUUUUAUACCCAGUACUGGCGCCCUCACCUGUCACCACUUAAUCUGCUGAUUGUAGAAACUUCCAGAUUGCUGUUACUUAUUACUUGUCUUAUUUGUCUCUCUUCUAACUUUUUUUGACUGUG